CUUCCGCAAUCGCGAGUAAUAUGGCGAAGACGUACGACUACUUGUUCAAACUGUUGUUAAUCGGAGACUCGGGAGUCGGGAAGACUUGCGUGCUCUUUAGGUUUUCAGAAGAUGCCUUUAACUCGACGUUCAUCUCCACCAUAGGUAUUGACUUCAAGAUCAGGACAAUUGAGCUGGAUGGAAAGAAGAUUAAGCUGCAGAUAUGGGACACGGCGGGCCAAGAGCGCUUCCGAACGAUCACGACGGCGUACUACCGGGGCGCCAUGGGCAUAAUGCUGGUGUACGACAUCACCAACGAAAAAUCGUUUGACAACAUCAAGAACUGGAUAAGGAACAUAGAGGAGCACGCGUCGGCCGAUGUCGAGAAGAUGAUUCUGGGCAACAAGUGUGACGUCAAUGACAAGCGGCAGGUGUCCAAAGAUCGGGGAGAGAAGCUGGCCCUGGAGUACGGCAUCAAGUUCAUGGAGACGAGCGCCAAGGCCAACAUCAACGUGGAGAACGCCUUUCUGACACUCGCCAGAGACAUCAAAGCAAAAAUGGACAAGAAACUGGAGGGGAACAGCCCCCAGGGCAGCAGCCAUGGCAUGAAGAUCACCCCAGAGCAGCAGCAGAAGAAGAGCAACUUCUUUCGCUGUGUCCUGCUGUGACACCCAGGCCUUAGACCCCUGUGACCCCCCACCCCCACCUGAGCUCCUCACAAGUCCACCUCCCACCUUCUGUCCCGAGGCAAGUGCCCCCCAGCGUCUCCACGUGGUGAUGCAGCUCUUCUGCCUUUCUUGUUCUCGUCUCUGUUUGAGGGUUCAGAGGUGAUUGGUUGUGGAGCACACCUGUGUCCUGCCCAUGUUCCCCAUCCAUGCGUGUGCUUCUCGCCCACCUUUGGCCAGAGCGAGUCAAUCCCUCUCAGCACGGCGACCGAGAUGCACGCGUAACACGCUUGACGUGUUGAACUGCCUGCCUUCCUCAUCGCUUCCAGAUCUCAGCUCCAUGUCCAGCUCCUCCAGUGGCCUCGCUCUGCCGUGUAGACGUGGGAUUUUGCUGAAAUGCGGUGUUUGUUACUGGAGAGUAAACAUCCGACUCGUGAUGAAAACCAGCACCCCUUUCUGAACCUUCCUGAUGGAAAUGACUUCGCUGACCGCAGCCAUGUGAACACGUCUCCGGUGCCGUUAGCAGCAUCGAGCUCUUUUUGCACCAGUCUACUUACUUGAAAUUACGCCUAUAAUCUGAACCAUCAGGUCGACAUUCCAGGGUCUUAUUGAACUUUGUUUUGCGCUGUUACUCUUCUUCGUUGAAGUGGUCAGAUGGUGUGUUUUCCAGUGCUUUCUGCAAGCCCCUCCAUCUGCUCACCCCGUCUCUCUCUGUGGUGUUGAGGCAGCUGCGCUGCCCAAACUGGAUGUUCAGAACACCAGGUCCUUGCGAUUCGCUUGCCUUAUAUUUCCCCAGCAGCACGAUGGGUCCCCCCCAACACCCACGCCGUGCUCCUGCACUAAGUGCCAAAGCCGGUGCCCUUUAGAAGCCAGUGUCCCUGAAAGCGCAGUGCUGCUGUUGGCACUGAAUGCAUCUCCCUUGCUCUUCCUCGCACCGGCUUCUCUCUGUUCUGCCGACGGAGUAGAAAUGUGAUAAGUUCCAAUAUCCUCCAGGUGUGGAAACUUGCAGAUGAAAUAUAACUUCAAAAUAAGUCUUAACUCAGUGUGUCCAAUAGUGCCCACCAUGCUCAGCUUUACCCUAGUUUGACACAGUAAAUCUCAUGUUUGAGGUGCUGUUCUGCUGCUCUGGGCAGCUAUCAAAUUGAAAGAAAAAUGUACAAAAGAGGAUGUGGCUUUCAGAUAGUGUAAGAAGGGGUUUUCAGAAUGGUAAAUAAAAUAUUUUUGGAGUAAGUGAUUUUGAUGACAAUGAUGUACCAACCCAUUGUUGAAAGAUGGUGUGAGGAUGGGAGCUGUUCACCUCAGGGGGUUCUGCUUCUCUAUGUCUCUCACUCACACACACACACACACACACACACACACAGACAGACAGAGCUCCUGUGGGGGAGGUCUGAGUGCUACUGGUAAUUGGUGAAUCAGUGAGGUGCCUGCCACCCUCAGUGGAGUAUGUAGCGGAAACUGUAGCAGCAAUGGAUGAGGCCUUUGGGAAUGUUGCUCCUCUUCCACCAGCCAGCUACCCAAGUGUGGCGUUUGUUUGCUGGGCCGUUUCCCCAUGAUGAAUUUAUUGGGUUUGUCAGCGACACUCUGAAGAAUGUCUCUUACCACAUGUCAAUGAUGAGUUCUCCAGCGUUAGGACUCAGUCUUCGAACUUCUCGCCUGUAGCUCCUACAGCUCCAGGAGCCACAUGCUCAUUGUAGGUCUGCAGACUUGGUCUUUUUCUUUCUGGAACUAUGCAUCACUCAACGUGAAU